GAAGGGAAAAAAAUUGUAUGUGAGUUUGGAACGUUUACUAAAAUUUAUUGUUUGUUGAAAAAACUCUCAAACUAUUAUUAUUAUAAACAUGCAGUAAUAUAAGGCCAUAGUAGUCCAUUUAAUCGAUAGCAACAAUGGCUGGUUUCGUGCGCUCCACCGCCCGUAUUGCAUUGUCCAAUAGAAGUACGUUUUCAAAACUUCUAAACAAACAAAUACCAUGUACGCAGCAAGUAGCCAAGAUUUCGAGCAAAGCUUGGAGAGAAUUGAACGGCGUUCAGCGCCCACCUCCAUACGAUUACCAGAACAGUUCUUACCAACUUCGUCAUUCUUGGUUUGAUAAAACUACAAAACGAUUUGACGAUAAUUCCAAAAUAAUUUUGGUAGAAGGGCCAAUUGCUGCUGGAAAAACCGAAUUCGCCAAGAAGUUGGCGAACGAUUUGGAUAUGUACUACUUGCCACAAGCAUGUAUGGACGAUGUCUAUAUUAACGAAUAUGGCUACGAUUUGCGUGACUUGGAUGUAAAACUACCGCCAGGUGCUCAGAGCUUUGAUGAAAAGAAGUUUGUAAAUGAUCCAACAAAUCGAUUGACAGCUGCAUUUCAACUCAACAUGUAUAGUUUGAAAUUCAGCGAUUACAUUGAUGCUCUUGCUCAUUUAUUCUCAACCGGUCAAGGCGUAGUUCUUGAACGAUCACCAUACUCGGACAUAGUUUUCGUUGAAGCAUUAUACAAAUGCAAUUUGAUAACUAAAACCACAUAUAAAGGUCUGAUCGAAACCAGAAACAACUCGUUGCCCGAAAUUUUAAAACCUCAUUUGGUCAUUUACCUCGAUGUUCCAGUCAACACCACACUUGAAAAAAUCAAGAAGCGUAAUCUGCAUAAUGAGGCAAAUUCGCCACUUUUCAAGGACACCAAAUUUUUGGAGACAAUCGAUGAAGUAUAUAAGCGAAACUUUUUGAAGGAUAUCAGCUCACACUCGGAGCUGUUGGUCUACGAUUGGUCGAACGGUGGUGAUACCGAGUUAGUUGUUGAAGAUAUUGAAAGAAUUGACUUCGACAGCUACGAAAAGGAAUCAUCGAAAAUGAGAGAUUGGCGAUUCUUCCGAGUAGAGGCAGACUGGUGUGAAGCUCGUAUGAAAUAUACGGAAGAUCGUCAUAUUACCUUCAGCUAUGCAAAUUUACCCCUAUUCCACUGUCCGGACCUCUGUAUCCAGCCAGAAGAUAAUAUGGUUCGCAAUAGAAUUUAUGAAGAGGCCAAAGGAAGCAAAUACGCAUACGGUUACGAUGUUGAAUUGGGAGAUAAAGAUAUUCUAUUUAAGACAAAACACUUCAACAGCCCCAAGUCGAAGCACUGGGAUUUCUGAACAUGAAGCUAUUAAUUUUGGUUGCGGUUCAAGAGAAAACAUCUUAUUUUCUAAACCUGUAAAAUGAAAUUUAACAAUAAAAUUGAUUAGAACCAA